UCUGUACUAUUUGACAAGGAACUGGAUAGAUAGAUAGUUGUUCCCGAGUAUAGGAACAAUUGUUCCAGAGUAUAGGAACACCUGUACAUAAGUUGAACUGAAAGGCGUUUGAUUAGGAAGUCAAAUACUAUCCCACAAUACUUCGAUUCACACGCUGUUACAACGCUCUUACAACAGGGUGGUAUGUAGGGCUCGAGUGAACAAAUUCAAUACUCAGUCAGGUUGGAAUCCGACGUGAGUGUGGGGAGACGUGAAUACCCCGGAUAGGAAGACACCCACGUACAGGAAAACUUUAAUUAAUAAUGAACAUAUAAUAAGUGCAGCCAAUUAAAGGAUACAAGUUGAUGGUUAAACAAGUCAGUCUGAGUAUUUCGGGUACAAAAUCGGACGGUCAAAAUGAAAAGCUGGACAUUCCAAUACAGGAACUCGGAAAUAGCCCGAGCUCAGAACAAACGAGAAGAGAGACUACUGAACCUAGAGAUUGAUAGCAGGCGUGGCAUUAAAGACGAACACAAAUACUGGAUGAAGAAUUAUCAACACGAACAACGAUUGGUGGAGAGAGAGCUCGAGAGGAUUAGACAUGGAAUGAAAAAGAAACCCCUGUUACCCACGGCGUCAGGGAAUGUUGGGAAUUUGACGCUAAAUGGUUACAGUCACGUGACCCCACGCGGUCGGAACAGUCGGCUAGAGAACCUGAUGGCUAAUGUGAAAUAUGCCAAUGAAAAUGUGACCCCGUAUGACAGAGACAGUUGGAACGUUAGAGGCAUUGUACCUGUUGAAAACGAGCGGCACCCCCUGUACGAAUCGAGUGACACAAUAGCCGACCACUCAGGGAGCCCUCGCGUGAGCGCAGUGCUGACGAUAGAGGCCUAUCCAGGUUUGGCAUUAUUAUCACCUCGGGAGAGCGACCGGCAGGAUAUUACAGAACGUGUGGUCAGAUCACCUCGUAAUAUUGACCCAAACCUGAAAGAAGGCCACAACACGACGGACCCCCCCUGCCAAGCUGAACAGGAAAGUUUGGAUGAUUUAGACCCAAGGGAGAAAUCAAUAGAGAGGAAUAUUAGUGGCAGCGAAGGUGAUUUACAAAGCGUCCUUCUUGAACCAGAUAUAAGAAGCAGGCGUCGAUCUCACAGGGCAUCUCUUGAUCUUACUCAGCUUGCUUCUGUGGAUAUGAAGUCAGUGAAAUCUAACGUUUCUAGGCGCCUGUCGGAAGAUCCGCAACGGAGAGAAGUUACGUCAAAUAAGACGUCACGAGACGUCAAGACAGAUGAGCCGGAUAAAGUCCAGAUACAGGAAGAGGACCAGAAAGCCAAGGAUGUGGCACGGAGGGCUUCCCGACCCAGGGGGCCUGCAGUGGAUGCCCAUAAGAAGCCGAUGGACUUGGAUCCCGAACAUUACAACCCUGAUGGUUCUCUGAGGAGAAUACACGCCAUGCCCUCCUCUGAUAAGACAUGGGAAGAAGCUAAGAAGGCAAGGUACAUCCGAUCCAAGGAGGCAACAGAACGAGAGAGGGAACUAUCCGUGGAAGAAAUCUUUGGGAAAAGAAAAUAGAAAAAAUGGAUAUAUCAUCAUCAUCUUUUUCACCGAAACUCUCCUGGAUUAUCUCGACUCAUCACGAUUCAUCAUGGCCAGUUUUCUGGACGACAUCAAUGUGUUAAGUGCUAUGCACCUGUCUGAAUGGACUCAAGGAAUGUGUCAAAUCUUUAGUACUUCUAUUACUUUAGACCGUUCGAUGUGAUGACGAAUGAUGACCAUACGUCAUGGUCACAGGGAUAGCGGACAUAUGUUCUAUUGCAGUUGGUGAUGUAUACUUUCUACAGUGACCGUUGGUACUUUGAGGUCCACUGUAAUCACAUUAUUGGCAUUACUAAAAUACGUAUUGUUAUAUUUAUUUAUUUCAGUCAUAAACGUUCCCGACAAACAGUAUUACAUAGGGUAACACUGAAACCUGGGACAAUGUACUUGUAUACUAUUUAACUGCUAAUAUAGAAUACAUAGUGAGUGACGUUUUUUGUUGAUAAUUGUCUGUAAUUACUUCACAUAUGACCCAUGUAGUUAUUUAGAUGUAUUGUUUCAUGUCCAACCUGUGGUGUUAGCAGCUUGUUUCUUGACAGGCACACGGAGAAAUAGCAUUAAAUUAAUGACCUGUCA